AUGUCGACGGUGAAGCGCUUGCUCUCCAAAGUCACCCCGACGCACCGACGGGCCGAGUCCGUUGCGAAGGACAUCAACGGCCAGGACAAGGAAAAGACCGCGAACGGCGCCACCAAGGCACAGCACCAGCAGGAGAAGGACAAGCAGCACGCCGCGAACGGCGACGCCCACGCCAAUGGCCACCACGGCCGGUCGAAACGGAGCGAGUCGUUCACCGAGAUGAAGGUGCAUCGGCGGGAGGACCGGGCGGGCCACGACGAGGAGGAAAGGAAGGAGAGGGAGAGGAAGAGGCUCGAGGCAUACGAAGCGGACCCGCUGAAAGCCCACUAUGGGCAUAUGACCGUGCAUCUCAAGCCCGGAGAGCGACAGAGCCUCCAUGACAUCGCCAAGAUGCAAGUCGGCUCGCCCGUGCGCUUCCGCGCGCGUAUCCACCAUUCGCGAGCCAUCAGCUCGAAAAUCACGUUCAUGGUCUUCCGGCACCAGCUCCAUACCAUCCAAGGCGUCCUCACGGUCGAAGACGGGGUCGUCUCGGAUAACAUGGUGCGCUGGGCAGAGGAUCUGCAUCGCGAGUCGAUCGUACUCGUCGAGGGCAAGGUGCAUGCGCCGCAAGAGGCCGGCCAGGAUAAGGUCAAGAGCACGACCAUCCACGAGAUUGAGAUCAAGAUCGAAAAGCUCUACCUCAUUGCUGAACCCUCGGCGACCCUCCCAUUCCAAGUCGACGACGCGUCGCGACCUUUGGAAUAUUACAAAAACCAGGACGCGCACUUCACCCGCGUCGGCGAACGCACGCGCCUCAACCACCGCGUCCUCGACCUCCGCACGCCCGUCUCGCAGUCCAUCUUCCGCAUCCACUCCGCCAUCGUCAACCUCUUCCGCGAGUUCCUGCGCGCAAAGGGCUUCACCGAGAUCCACUCGUCCAAGUUCCAGGAGGGCGCGACCGAGUCGGGCGCGAGCGUCUUCCGCGUCGACUAUUUCCGCCGGAACGCGUUCCUCGCGCAGAGCCCGCAGCUGAUGAAGCAGAUGUGCAUCGCCGCGGAUAUGGAGCGCGUGUUUGAGGUGGGGCCGGUGUUCCGCGCGGAAAAUUCGAAUACGCACCGCCAUUUGACAGAGUUUACGGGGCUGGAUCUCGAGAUGGCGUUCGAGGCGGACUACCACGAGGUCAUGAACCUCAUCGACGAGAUGUUCCUGUACAUCUUCAAGACGAUCUAUCGGGACUACCGCGAGGAGAUCGACACCGUGAAGCAGCAGUUCCCCCACGACGACCUCGUAGUGCCCGACGAGACUCUGCGGCUCAAGUACGCAGACGGCAUUCGGUUGCUGCGCGAGGACGGGUGGAAGGAGGAGGACGGGACCGAGCUGACGGAGGAAGACGAUCUGAGCACGGCGGCGGAGCGGAGGCUCGGGGCAAUUGUCAAGGAAAAGUAUAAUACGGAUUAUUAUAUUCUCGACAAGUUCCCAGCUGUUGUGCGACCGUUCUAUACCAUGCCCGAUGCGGAAAACCCGGUACAGUCCGUCGUGCGCAAAUUCUCCAACUCGUACGACUUUUUCAUCCGUGGCGAGGAGAUCCUGUCCGGCGGGCAGCGUAUCCACCUCGCGGAUAUGCUCAUCGAUCGCAUGAAGGAAGCCAAAAUUAACCCGGAUAGCAUGAAGGACUACGUCGACGGCUUCAGGUGGGGAUGUCCACCGCACGGCGGAGGAGGUAUCGGCCUCGAGCGAGUGGUUAUGCUCCUCUUGAAGCUCGGCAACAUCCGCUGGGCGAGUCUAUUCCCUCGCGAUCCGAAGAGCUUCCCCGCUACGGAGAAGGAGAUCGCGGAGGCUGCGAUGGAGAUGGCGCAGAAGGCGAUCUUGAGCGGGCCCAAGUCGCAUACGUUCCAUGACAAGAGACCGCAUACUGACUUGCCGCCGCUCGAGAACCUCAUCGCGGAAUACGGAGACGCCACGAACACGUCGUGGGUGGACCCGGCGUGGACAGUAUGGCGGCACGAUAUCACCGGCGCCGCCAUCGGUUACAUCCCCUCGGACGGUUUCGCCGUCGCGUUUGGCAACCCUCUAUGCGAGCACGACCAGAUACCCCAAGUCGUCCGCGCGUACCUCCACUACCUCGAGCAGCUGAAGCUCAAGCCCGUAUGGUGCUGCAUCGACCGCGAGACGGAACAGUACCUCGCGCACGACCUCGGGUGGAGCGGGAUCAUCGUCGUUGCGGAGGAGCGGCUCAACCCGGCGGAGGUGCACCCCGAGGACGACAAGAACUUCAGGAGGAAGAUCCACAGAGCCGAGCGGGACGGCGUGAAGGUGACGGAGGUGGAUCACUUUGACGACGACCUGCGCAAGGCGGUGGACCAGCGCCUGAAGGAUUGGCAGUCGAAUAGGAAGGGGGAGCAGGUCCAUCUUACGGGUGUCAGACCGUUUGAUGACAUGGCCCACCGGAAGUACUUUGUGGCGCAUGACAAGGAGGGCAAGGUGUGCUGCCUUGUCGUGCUCGCGCAGCUGGCCGCGAGGCACGGUUUCCAGAUCAAGUGGGCCCUCGAGUUCCCUGGCGCGCCGAACGGAGCCAUCGAGUAUAUCCUCUGGCACGUCAUUCGAAAGAUGGGCAACGCGGGCGUGCGCUCCGCCACUUUCGGUGCUGGCGCGAGGGAUAGGCUGGAACGCGCCGACAAUAUCGGCGGGUUCAGGAUCCGGACGUUGGAGAAGACGUACAACGGCCUGUCGUCGUCAUUCAACCUCCUGAACAAGGGCGACUUCCGGAGCAAGUUUGGCACGCAUCAGGAACCGCUAUAUAUUGCAUAUCCCAAGGGCGGCCUCGGCGUAAAGGGCAUCGAGGCCAUCAUGAACGUCGUCAAGAAGGACAAGUAA